AUUAGUUGUCACCGUAGCGUUAGCACGGGCAUACUCCUAGUGAGGAGGAAGAGGAUUUGCUUCGCCGCGUCACCGGGGGAGGUGUCACGUUGAGAUUCCUGCUGGGGCUGGGGUUGGGUUGAGAUUCCCCAGGCGCCCGCGGCGGCCUCGAUCUGGGCGGCGCAGAUCAGAGGACGGCGCGGAUCGGCGAGCUUCGCACUGGGCACGUGUGCCUGUGUGUGGGAGUCAGGCCUCGCAGCCGCCGCUGCUGCUGCUGCUGCUGCUGCACCUGUCAGCUAGGGCGGGCAUGGCGCGCCGCGCCGCUUCCCGCGCUGUUGGCUCGGAGGGCUCGAUCCAAGGGCGAGGGGGCCGCGCGGGGGGCAAUGGCGCCGAGGACGCACGCCACGUGUUCGACGAAUUGCUUCGGCGUGGCAAGGGCGCCACGAUCUACGGCUUGAACCGCGCCCUCGACGACGUCGCGCGUCACAGCCCCGCGGCCGCCGUGUCCCGCUACAACCGCAUGGCCCGAGCCGGCGCCGACGAGGUAACUCCCAACUUGUACACCUACAGCGUUCUCAUCGGUUGCUGCUGCCGGGCGGGCCGCUUGGACCUCGGUUUCGCGGCCUUGGGCAAUGUCAUUAAGAAGGGAUUUAGAGUGGAAGCCAUCACCUUCACUCCUCUGCUCAAGGGCCUCUGUGCCGACAAGAGGACGAGCGACGCAAUGGACAUAGUGCUCUGCAGAAUGACCCAGCUCGGCUGCAUACCAAAUGUCUUCUCCUGCACCAUUCUUCUCAAGGGUCUGUGUGAUGAGAACAGAAGCCAAGAAGCUCUCGAGCUGCUCCAAAUGAUGCCUGAUGAUGGAGGUGACUGCCCACCUGAUGUGGUGUUGUACAACACCGUCAUCAAUGGCUUCUUCAAAGAGGGGGAUCCGGACAAAGCUUACGCUACAUACCAUGAAAUGUUUGACCAGGGGAUUUUGCCAGAUGUUGUGACUUACAGCUCUAUUAUCGCUGCCUUAUGCAAGGCUCAAGCUAUGGACAAGGCCAUGGAGGUACUUAACACCAUGGUUAAGAAUGGUGUCAUGCCUAAUUGCAGGACAUAUAAUAGUAUUGUGCACGGAUAUUGCUCUUCAGGGCAGUUGACAGAGGCUAUUGGAUUUCUCAAAAUGAUGUGCAGUGAUGGUGUCGAACCAGAUGUUGUUACUUGUAACUUGCUGAUGGAUUAUCUUUGCAAGAACAGAAGAUGCACGGAAGCUAGAAAGAUUUUCAAUUCUAUGACCAAGUGUGGCCUAAAGCCUGAUAUUACUACCUAUUGUACCCUGCUUCAGGGGUAUGCUACCAAAGGAGCCCUUGUUGAGAUGCAUGAUCUCCUGGAUUUGAUGGUAUGGAACGGUAUCCAACCUAAUCAUCAUGUAUUCAACAUUCUAAUAUGUGCAUACGCUAAACAAGAAAAAGUAGAUGAGGCGAUGCUUGUAUUCAGCAAAAUGAGGCAGCAAGGAUUGAGUCCGAAUGCAGUGAACUACAGAACAGUCAUAGAUGUACUCUGCAAGCUAGGCAGAGUAUACGAUGCAGUGCUUACCUUAAAGCAGAUGAUCAAUGAAGGACUAACCCCUGACAUCAUUGUAUAUACCCCCCUAAUUCAUGGUUUUUGUACCUGUGACAAAUGGGAGAAGGCUGAGGAGUUAAUUUUUUAAAUGUUGGAUCAAGGCAUCUGUCCAGACACCAUUUUCUUUAGUAGAAUAAUUUAUAAUUUUUGCAAAGAAGGGAGAGUUAUAGAAUCUGAAAAA